CCUCCGCCUUUCGCGCUUCAUUCACUCCUGGGGCCUGAAGGGGCGAGGAGGGUUGGGGAAUUGAAAGGUGGUUACGCGGUGGAAUACCAUCACAUUAGCAUAGCGGUACAACAAAGACCAGAAGGUGCCGGGAGCUUCUUGCCUGUAUCAGACCCUCCCAGGGCCUGUCAUCUAGAUUCUUGCAGAUGUUGCAACGAGGGCAGUAAUGAAGGAAGGCAAACUAUACAGAAUGUUCUCCCGAUUAAGAAUAGCUUCUGCUCCCUGUGUGUUGGCCUGCCGCAGAGUACAUACAAAAGAAAAAGGCAAGCUCUUGAUGCUGAACCCCAGAACAAAUAAGGGUAUGGCUUUUACGUUAAAAGAACGGCAGAUGCUUGGGCUCCAAGGACUUCUACCUCCAAAGAUAGAGACGCAAGACAUCCAAGCCUUACGGUUCCAUAAGAAUGUGGCAAAAAUGACUGACCCUUUGGAAAAAUACAUCUAUGUAAUGGGGAUGCAAGAAAGAAAUGAGAAGCUUUUCUACAGGGUGUUGCAAGAUGAUAUUGAACAAUUAAUGCCAAUUGUUUAUACUCCAACAGUAGGCCUAGCAUGUUCCCAGUAUGGACAUAUCUUUAGGAGGCCAAAAGGAUUGUUCAUUGCCUUAACAGAUAGGGGCCAUAUUAGAACAAUUGUGAAUAACUGGCCAGAAAAUGAUGUGAAGGCUGUCGUCGUCACGGAUGGGGAACGAAUAUUGGGUCUUGGCGAUCUGGGUGUCUAUGGCAUGGGAAUCCCUGUUGGCAAGCUCUGUUUAUAUACCGCAUGUGCUGGCAUACGACCCGAUAAGUGCCUCCCUGUGUGUAUUGAUGUUGGCACAGACAAUCAGUCGCUGCUGCAAGACCCAUUUUAUAUGGGGCUGUACCAGAAGCGCGACCGCUCACAGCUUUAUGAUGACCUCAUUGACGAGUUCAUGGAAGCCAUUGUGGACAGGUAUGGCCAAAACACCCUCAUACAGUUUGAAGACUUUGGCAACCACAAUGCUUUCCGCUUUUUGAGAAAAUACAGAGAGAAAUAUUGCACCUUCAACGAUGAUAUACAGGGGACAGCUUCGGUGGCCUUAGCCGGCUUGUUGGCAGCACAGAAAGUUAUUGGUAAACCAAUUGUGGAGCACCAGAUCUUGUUCCUUGGUGCGGGAGAGGCUGCCCUUGGAAUCGCAAAUCUCAUAGUCAUGGCGAUGGUGGAAAGCGGUCUUUCUCCUGAAGAAGCAUAUAGGAAAAUAUGGAUGUUUGACAAAUUUGGCUUAUUGGUUCAGGGUCGGGAGCAAACAGUAGAUGCCAACCAAGAGCCUUUUACUCAUCUGGUUCCAGACCAGGUGCCAAAGACCUUCUUAGAUGCAGUUAAUGUGCUUCGACCUUCUGUCAUCAUUGGGGUUGCAGGUGCUGGACGUCUCUUUUCCCAUGAUGUGAUCAAAGCAAUGGGCUCUAUCAAUCAGAGGCCAAUAAUAUUUGCACUGAGUAACCCAACCGCAAAAGCAGAGUGCACUGCUGAGGAGGCAUACACAUUAACAGAGGGGCAUUGUCUGUUUGCAAGUGGUAGUCCGUUUGAGCCAGUGAAGCUGAGUGAUGGGCGAUCCUUCAAACCAGGCCAGGGAAACAAUGCUUACAUAUUUCCAGGUGUUGCCCUUGCUGUUGUUCUCAGUGGGGUUCGACACAUUAGUGACCAAGUCUUCUUGGAGGCUGCAAAGGCAUUGACAGAGCAGCUGAGCGAGGAAGAGCUUGCAGAGGGAAGGCUUUAUCCUGCUCUCUCCAAUAUCAGGGAGGUUUCUAUUAACAUUGCUGUCAAAGUUGUUGAAUUUUUGUAUGCCAAUCACAUGGCAUUCCAUUACCCUGAGCCUGCAGACAAGAACCAGUACAUACGAUCAAGGGUCUGGAGCAACGAGUAUGAAUCAUUUUUACCGGAUUUGUAUGACUGGCCUGAAUCUAUGCCGCACCCACCAAAAACACGUUGACUUGUCCAAAGGACAGCAUCUGAAAUUCCUCAGGCAGCAUCUGAAAUUCUGCAGGGAAUCUGUUUCCAGAACAAAUUUCAAACCAGGAUGUUUUGAGACUUAACUUUACUACUCCCUUUUUUUUUUAACCUUGUCCCAUAACCAUCGCUUGAAUUGCUCAUGGUGUGGAUUUUUCCUCUGACAAUUUACAUUCCUCUUAAUGAACGUGAUUUAUCUGGGAAGAAUAUACAGAAAUUUACCUUGAUAUUUUUAACAUUUGCUUUUACAAUUCCCAGGACCAGGGUCGCUUAGCCACAUACAGGAAAUCCCUAAUUCUGUCUUGUCACAGACUCAGUUUAUAUCUGACAAAUCGUAGUGGUAUAGUUUCAUCUGGACUAUCCCACUUCAGACUGCAGGUGGGUUUUUCUUUUGCAUAUUUGAAACAAAUAAACUCAGUGAGUAUAAAAAAAAUAGCAUGCCAAGGAGAGAAAGUGGGCCUUCUGUCAGAUGCCAUUUUUCUACUUGCACAGUACUUAUUUCUCAUGGAGAAAGGAAAGCAUUCAAACAUGCAUCCUUCCAGCAUCCUGAAGCAGCAUGGUCCAGAAAAUGUUUUAUGGCAGCCUUAAGCUGGCUACCAAAUCUCUUCAUCCCUUUUUAUACUCUGGUUGUCUUUUUUGUCUGUGUGGUUUGAUAGUUUUUGAAUUGUCUGGUGUGCUCUGGACCCCUCCUGUGUUGGCCUGGCUCAGCAUCUGCGUCAGGGCCUUGGAGCGCAGCAUCACAGCCUUCCUACCCGGUCCACUCACAAAACAUGGCAAAGUCUCGCAUCAGCUGAACUUUGCAGCUUUAAUGGGGCAGUGUCAGAUUUAAGGACAGGUUAAUAGUUUCCUUUACAGCAAAGCAUACUGAGUUGCCUGUUUUGAUCUUCAAUUGAGCAACUCUGCUUUUCUUAGUUCUCCAAGGGUGUUUUCGUUCUCUCAGGGGAAAAAAAACUAACAUUGCUGGCAAGCAUGCUUUAAGAGUGCUUUCACAUGCAAUUAACUGUGAAGUCUGUGGUGCUCACAUGUGCAAAUUCUGUGCAGCAUCCACAUGAAGUCAAAAUGCCAUCCCAUAUAAUUUUUUCAUUUAACACAAAUCUACCAUUUCCGCAAAAAAUCCAGUAAGUAAAAACCCCAGGAAAAACAUGUGGGAUGGCAUUUUGAUGAGGACGACUUUGUGAAGAACUUUUGUGUGUGAGCAGCACUGUCCACAGUAAACUGCCAUGUGGAGGCACCCAAAGUCUCUAGAAUCUAUACAGUCUUGUGUGCCAAUGUUGGCUCUAAAUUAUAUACUGUCUCUUGUGACUUUGUUUUUGUAACCCUCCUAUACUCACAUUCACACACUCCUGGCAACCAACAUACCUGCAAGGUAUGCUUUUUAUCCAGUUUGCCUUUUUGUGUAGGUUUUUCUCUGCAUGAUGGUUACACUCCAUAGCCUCACACCCAGGGCCUCCAAGGCAUCCUGAGAGAUCUCUCAUGAUCACAUCAGCACCGGGGUCAUCUUGUCUCCCAAAUAAGGAAUCCCUGCUUACAUGGAAUUAUGUUUCAGAAAACACUCCCUUCUUCCCAGGCUUUGGACUGGGCCAUGCAUUUCUGAAGAUCUUUGGGCUCCUUAUUUUACAGAUAUAUAAAGAAAACAGUUUAUCAGGCCUUUUAGAAAACUCAAAUACUUCUAGGAAUUGUGCAUUGAAGUUGACCUCUUGAAGAAUUAAAUCUUAAAUCUGUACAAACAAAAAACAAAAACAAUUGGUUCCCCUAUUCCAUCCAGUUAAAUUCUUAACUAACAUUGACUGGAAGAAGUUCUGUACGGCCAUAAAUUGCAGCCUGAAAAUAUGGGAUCAGAUCCUUACUGAUUUUAUUUCCAACAGAUUUUGUAUCUCAACCUUGCUUUCUCUGAAUAAAGCUCAAAACUGCUAACAAAUACCUAAUGUAAAAACAUUGUAGCAAAAAAUUAUAAAAAUGAUACAAAAUAAGAUAUUCAAAGUGUGGCAGCCCCUUGAAACAUAAUUAUAGCCAUCCACUGCAUCCAAGGCAUGCCUCAUCAAACAGAAGAAUUUCAGCAUAGCCCUUGAAGGAAAGGCUGUGGGUAUUAACAAAUCUAUUGCUGCCACUGUUCCAAGAUAGUAGCAAAAAUUGUUGGGUGCAUUGUUCCUCUUAACGUAAGGAACAGUGCAGUGUGGAAUUAAACCAGUGCUAAACUGAAUUUUGACUCCAUGCUGAUGCCAUGAUCACAUUCGGCAUGCAGCAGGUUGAUGAGCAGUGGAAUGCGGCUUACACCCAACUGAGCUGCCCCAACGUAUAGAUUGCACAGAUCAGUUACGUAUGUAGCUGUGGUGAAACUGAUUUUUCAUCUGUGCUGAUACACACACUUUGCAUUGCUGCAUGCCAGCGUUUUGUAUAGAGCAGCCUUUCCCAACUAGUGGGCCACCAGAUGUUGUUGGACCACAACUCCCAUCAGCCUCAGCCAGCAUUGCCAAUGGUCAGGAAAGAUGGGAACUGUGGUCCAACAACAUCUGGAGGCCCACUAGUUGGGAAAGGCUGGUAUAGAGACUUAUAUGCAGCCUGUUUUUUUUCUCUCUCUCAAAGGGCUGUGGCCUAAAAUUGUGAUGAUCUUGAGAAAUGAAGAGUGGACAUUUUCCUCUAUGGAGGAAUCUUUUCUAAUAACAAAAAUCAGGCAUGUUUUACAGCAACUUGGGAAACAGAGGUGCUGCAGAGUGAUUUUUGGUUGGCUUUCUUUUGCAUAAAAGUGGCAGUGAGAUAUCAGGGUUUAUAUUUGGCAAUUCAUACUCGCUGCACCUAUGGUUCCUCUGCCCACCAAAAAGGAUGGAAGGCAUUUCUGAUGCAAGAAAUUAAACCAGAUGAAUAUAUGGGGGCACAUUUUUAAGCAACUUUUAUUUGAAUGUUCCCAGCAGAACUUAAAAUCUGAAAAGCUGCUGUGAGAAGGGUAAUUUAGUAUUCAGUUUUAGAUUGGCGUUAUGCUAAUUUCUCAUCUCCCAUUUUGUCUCCUUUGCAAUCACCUGUUUGCAUUAAUUUAUGUAUCCAAGAUGGUUGCACAGUCAUACAGCAAAGAGAUGAAAUUUCAUACUGGUUAAAGAAGUGAUUACAAAGGUGUAAUGUACCAGGGGUAUCUGCAUGAUUCCCAGUAAAUUCAUGAGAGCUGCACAAGAGAAAAUCCAUUUUUAGGAUUAAGUGUCAUGGAAUUCACUGGUGUUUGUGCCUGAAAGUAGAUUGCUUAUUCCACACUUCUCAAUAGAAAGCAUUCAGAAUUUGACUUCUUCCCCUAUAUAUGCCCUCAAGGUUUCAGGACUGGAUCAUACAUAAAGUAUGCAAACAAGCCCACAGUGUUUUGGACACAGAAUAUUUUAAGGCUGUUUCCCAGGUAACAUUUUAAGAUGGAGGAGCACCCCUAUAGUUUGAAAACAUCUACUUGCAACUUUUAAUAGGCGUUACUAGCGUCAUACAAUUGGGACACAUAAUUUGCUAGACUUUAGAAGUAGUUUGUGUGUCAGACUUGGAGCUUAAGUACACGAGUUAAAUGUUUUGACAGAAUAUAUUUAAAUAGAGGAGUGGUCCUUCAACUGUUUCCCUCCUCUUCAUGUUGCACAUCAGAACAGAGCUUACACCAUUACCAGACUCAGAUCAUGUACUUGUCACUAGAUUGUACUUCUUCAGACUUCAGGUGUGGAUCACAUGCUUAAAUGUUUCCCAAAUGUCAAGGAGAAUCCAGCCUCCCUCAUAUACUAGUUCUGUUAUAUCCAGGAAGGUUUCGUUUUUGAUUUGAAUAUGGAGGGAUAUUUAAAUAUUUAAUUGCCCACCUCCAAUGUGAAGUGGUAGUCCAGAAACAACUAAGUCACAAGAGUUUGCUGAGUGAGGGUUCAACUCUGAUCCGCCAGAUCUUCCUUCUCAAGGGGUUUGUGCUUGGGCUCCCUGCAUUCAAGUUGAUCGUUGCAAGUUCUUUGACAAACUAGUUUCAAAAAUAUAAUUUCAGCAUAAAUAGAAUAAUAGAAAAUAUUUGGAGAAUAAGGGACUAUGACAUACCGUUGAACAAAGAGCCAUCAGUGUCUCUGCUGCACUCUUAGCAAAAAAACUGGAUACUGAAGAUGCUAUUUAAGAUGUUUUUUAGUCUAAAACCUGCCCCUUGUAAUGUGUUUUUCUUUCGGACACAAAAUAAUGUCACCUGACACUUCUUCCACACCCCCCGUUUUUUGUUUGCCUUAUAGCAUGGCCAUUGCACUUUCCCACUUCCCCAACCCCCAUCUGUUUUCUUUUUAACAAUAUUAAUUUAUUCUGUAAGUAGUUUUUAACAAAUCUAUUUAAUGAUCUUGGGGCAUGUGCAUAAAGCUAGCUCUUCAUGAGGACAAUGAAAGGAUGAUGUCAUUUUAGCGGGACAGACAACAGUACUUUAGAAUGGGGUUGGUAAUUUAUUUGUAAAACUUGUUAUCUUUGAGAGGCAUGGGCUGUUUUGUUUUUGAACAGAAACUCAGAAAACCUGACCCAGGCCUCUCUCCUUUGCUGUCAGACAUCCAGUGUCAGCCAAGGAGCUGUUCGCACAACUGCCUGAACUCAUGAUGCUCCAUUUGUGUGCAUAACAGCCACUGUCUCUUGAAUUCAGCCCAGAUCACCUCUAGGCACAUGCCACUACAAAGGCUACAUUUUUGGAGAUGCACCAAAAGCAAAUCUGAUCUGAAUUCAAAGUGAAUUUGUGCUCUAUUAUUGUUAGCUGAAGCAGCUCAAAAUUCUUGUUGACCGGUAGCGUCCCUAGAUUUGGCCUUGAGACCAUGUAUACAGGAACAAGGGACCCUUUUCUUAUGGUCAAAGUGGAAAAGGUGUCAGCCCUUUUAUCCCAUCUAUCCAUGGUAGGUCAAAAAGUCACAAGAUGAGCGGGGCAGGCGGGUGACAAAAGUAAGGUAAUAAGUAGGUAUGACAAAUUGUAGUUCCAUGAGUUGCUGUAUUGUAUCAAUCACCUUUGUGGAGCAACAAAAUACAAACCCUCAGGAUGCAACUUUUUUCAGAAUAUGGUUUAUUGUGAAAUGGUCUCCUGUAUGGCUUAAAAUGAACACUGUGUUUAAAAAUGUGGGUUUAUUUUCUUCUUUGGUAAUAUCGUAACUGUACUGAGAUAUGUGUUAUGAUCUUCUAUUUUCAUAGUAAAAGCUUUUCCUUUUACCUA